AUGUGGAAUAAUGAGAAGAUUAUCGCAGUUGGAGGAUCUGGCGCUUUGCUCCUAGACUCUGAUGGAAGAGUCCAGCAGACUCUCACAACGGAGAGUUUGCUCUGUAAUGCCAACGGGGCGGCGAUAUCAGCCUCUCAGAUUUGCGUGUCACUUCUGGACAAGGCAAAGUUGGUCUUUUUGUCCUCAAAUCAGACAUUCAGGGCAUCAGUACCAGAAGUUGUUACCAGUAUCGCAUUCUCCAAAAGUGGUGAGAUUCUUUAUGCAGGAGGUAAAAGUGGACGGUUGUUGAUUUGGCAGACAAGAACUGGCGCCCUGUUACACUCGGGGCAGAUCUUUUACACUGCAAUAACUGGUCUUGAUGUCGAUUCAUCUUCUCUCCUGUUAUCUUCUGCAUCUGGAGACCUCCAUCUUAUUAAUCUGGUUGAGCUCUUUAUGAAUAAAGGGGACCAGGGAAUGAUCACAGGAGUAACCAUAGACAUGAAUCUAGGAGUUGCAGAGAAGAAGGAAAGCGGCACGAAUUAUGUUGGUCACUCUGCACAUGUUGUAGGGGUUCUAAAUCUACUACACGGGCCGCUUGAGAAUGACGUCUCUUUUGUAUCGGUUUCUAGAGACAAGAAUCUAAGGCUAUGGCAUCAUACCAAGCAGAAUAGUAUAAAGUCAAUAUUCAUAGAUCACACUCCCAUGUCACUCUCAAAGAGCAUAUGCGGAGGAAAGUGCUUUAUACCAUGCGAAGAUGGUGUGGUUGUCAUCGUAGAUUUAAAGAAUUUAAAAGUAUCGGAAUUGACAGGACACAUAGGUCCAGUAUCUGGUUGCGUUGAAAGCCGCAAUUUGGUAACAUGUGCACUCGAUGGGAUAAGAAUAUGGAAUAUCAAUAGCAAAAUAUGUCUAUCCCACCACCAAACAUGUACCGGGAUAUCAAAAUUGUUCAUUUGCGACGGAAUCCCUCGCAACCCAAAUAAACCAUCUCCCCUAAAAACAACAAACACCGGGGAUAACUGCGAUUCUUAUAUAGGAAUCUCACUAAAUAUCUAA